AUGGCAUCGUUGCUAUAUCCUUAUGGGAAAGACCAAGGGGACUCAGUAAACCCCAAAGCAGAUGAUGGGAAUUCUCCAGAGAUCUUCACCAAAAUGCCAUUCUCCUUCUAUGGCAAGAAAUACCACUCCUUUUUCGUCAACAACAAUGGGGUUGUCUCCUAUGGAAAUAAUGUCUCCCAAUACACACCUGAUCCUUUCCCUCUGGGUGAUGCAGUACCCUUUGUUGCCCCAUAUUGGGCUGAUGUUGACAAUAACAUCGCUGGAGACAUCUUCUGGAGACAGACUCAGGACCCAGUGCUGCUUAAUCGGUUCACUGUAGAAAUCAAAGUGUACUUCCCUGAUAUCCGUUUCCAGCCCAUAUGGAUGUUUAUUGCGACCUGGGAUGGGGUAGCCUUCUUUGGAUCGGCUACAGAUAAGGUCAACACCUUCCAGGCUGUCUUGGCCACCGAUGGAGAAAUAGCCUUUAUCAUGCUGAACUAUGCUGAUAUACAGUGGACCACUGGAAUAGCAAGCGAUGGAGACCCCACGACAGGACUUGGAGGAAUCCCGGCUCAGGCUGGCUUUGACUGCGGGGACAAAACCAAUUACUACAACAUCCCCGGUUCCCGGACUCCCGAGAUUAUCAAUAUUGGGGACACUACCAAUGUGGGUGAACCAGGUCGCUGGGUGUUUCAGGUGGACCAGUUGUUUACUGGAGCUCCCACAGCGAAAAGCGAUUGCUUGGCUAAAUAA